CGAAUCUAGAAGAUAUCAUUUUUCUGUAGCACCAAAUCAGAUUGGAAUAGCCAUGUCUCUGAGGCCUAAGCUGUGUCACUUUGGAAGCCUUGCCGGGCCUUCUGGAUCAAUUCCCAAAAGAUAAACAUGCGUGAUGCCGCGAUGCCGGAGUAAAGCACAGGUGAAGGUUGUUGUUGUUACCGAUGCCGAUGCCAGUAAUUGAUGGUAUUUGAUAUCGAAUUCUUCCGUUCAAUGUUAUACUGUAUAGAUUCCUAGAUCGGCCAAGGUCAGUCUAUCUACUGUACGGGGUAGGAAAGCAUGGGCCAUGGGAAUCUAAAACUGUGUCACCACAAAGCCAGUUUCGUUAUUGUUGGUGUUUAUUAUUUUGCUUUAUUUGUUUUGUAAACUGCUUACAUGUCAAGAACGCUCUCCCUGUGCUUUCCCAAUUUUGAAGCCUAGCACGGACAUGUUCUGUGGUAGGUGUUUCCAACAUUAUCAAGCGGUAGUUAGUGUUGCCGUUUUGCCACAUGCAGCAAUCAAUCAUAUUAUAGGAGUUGCAUUGUAUAUAUACACACACACUAUACACAUAACAAUUAACAAAGUUGAGUUGAGAGGUGUCAUCCAGGGAUGCACAUGGAUGACAUUCUUGGUGUGUCGAUCCAUGUUCCAUUUGUCUAAAGUUGAAAGUCGCACUAUGAUGUUGUUCCUGUUGAAAUUGGGGUGGCAAUGGGUGACAUACAAUAUUGCUUAUCCGUGCUGGGGGGGCAACGGGGAGAUGAAGACAGCAGGGUGGGGAAAGGCUCGAAUUUGAGUCACGAUAUCUGUACAAGAAGGACGACAGCAAUGCCGGCAUGAUCACGGUAGCACCAAGAGCAUCACCGAUCACAAAGGGCAUCACUUUUGCUCGCCAAUACUCUUCAGGUGGUGCCAGGCGAUGGUCGUUGUGUCGGGGCCAGAGGCCGACCUGGCGCAGAGCCUGGGUGCUCUUGGUGCCUCUCGGCCGAGCACGGAGGCUGGAGCGAUCCUGGAGGAUGGGCGGCUUUCGGUCGCGGCGUCGGGCCUUUGCCUUUGCGAGGGUAGCUCCGCGGUGGUGUUGACCUCUGCCACCCUUUUCGCGCCUUUCCUCCGCCGGCGCUUGGCCUCGCUGGCACCACAAGAAGCGCUGGACCCGCAACUGGUGGCCACCACUGAGCUCUUCGUUGUUCUACCAGGCAAUGAGCAUGAUGUGCUGGAGGCCUCCCUUGCAGCCUGCUUGCCACUUCCGCCGGAGACCUCGCUUGAGCACCUUCAGGUGGCCUUGGAUGCCGCGCCUCGGGAGCACAUGGCCUGGCGCCCACCAACUGUAGGCAACCUUGGAGUUGCAUUGCUCCGCUUGAUGCGUGCCCCAUCCGUGUCUUGCCAGCUGAGAUUGCCCGCAUGUGACUUUCGGGUUGGUGAAAGGUUGAGGCUAUUGAGCUCGGCCUUUGGGCUCUUGAAGGCAUCCGUUUUCCUGGGCGCAGAGACGGAGUGUACUGUGGCAGCCAUCGAGAAGGACUCCCACCUUCUCCUUUUGGAUGGCCGUUGGUUGCCGGGUUGCGAAGGUGGAGUUCUGCUGGAUAAGGAUGGCUCUCCCUGCGCAUUGUUGGCUGCGCCCUUGCGCGCGCACGGCGGCCGGUGGACCUUAUGUCCAGCUGUUCCUCUGGAAGGAGUGCUGGCAGCGGUGCUGAAGACCUUGGCUGGAGACUUGUUGCCUCCAAGCCUGAAGGAUCCACCCAUAGCAGAAGCAGGCUGUUCGGGCGUUACCGGCCUAAUUGUCAUGCACACUGGAGCGGAGGCCUUCGGGUGCUUGCUACUUUCCAGCCAUCACGUGCUGGUGCCUGCCACGAUCUUGAGGGCCUCAGGCCGGCAUGGCUUUGAAGCGAAGCGAAAUGGAGUACGUUGCACUUUGCGACGUGUAGAGGAUGUUUGUAGUUUGGGACUCGUGGUGGCUGAAGUGCAGCACCUCAAAGACCAGGAAGCCUUCACUUGGCCAGGCCAUGAGCUGGAUUUGCAGGAAGGCCGCGAGCUGCUAGUAGUGGACCUGAAAGGCCCAAAGAUGGCCACUGGGAUCCUACAGCGCUGGUUGGGUGCACGUCACCACCCACAGGCGCCUCCUGCACUGGAGUGUGGUUUGCCACUUGCAGGCUUGGAUGAGGCCAACGUGUUCUUCGAUUCAAGGACCCAUGCCUUCCUCGGAUUUGGUCUUGCUGACCGCAAGGAGGAGUGUGGCCAUGCUGUGCUGCCAUUUCGAUUCUAUGGAGUUUCUGUCUUCCAGCUAAAGGAGUUGCAAGAAAGCCUUGUACAAAGACCACAUGGUGAGGUGAAUAGAGCACUUCAGCAAUGGGCCAAGCGCUUUGAUAAAUGCUGGCAGUUUGAAGGCAGCUUGGAAUGGCGCCUGGAGGCUAGGCCCUUCAAAGCAACCUCAGCGCUUUGACA